CGGAGGGCACCUUCGAUCUUCCGCUUUCGAAUUGGCAACACCUUUGCCUGGCUUGUGGAUGCUUCCUUUGAUUGUUGUUGUUGGUUUGCCAUCUUGGUCUGUUUGUGGAGAAAGACUCCUAUUAGUUAGUUAGCAUUGACUUGACUUGAUCAUCAUCAUGAACGGAAUCCCCAAGUCACCCGUCACCCAUGCAUUUCCUCAGAUCCAAUGGGAUGCUCUGGGUUCCCUACGAUUGACGGCCCAAGAGACGGCUUUGCUCCGCAUGGCAGAGACCAAUCCCAUCGAUUAUACCUUGUCAGAUUCUCGAGAUGCUAGCAUGUACGCCCGGGUCCUUCUCAAGCUCUUGGCGGAAGCUCACUCUGUAGGAGCAGGAACAGGCGUGGUAUCCAAACUUCCUGAAAAAUGCACUGACGAAGAAGCCAUGAGUGCUCUGAAGGACGAUCCCCUUGGAAUUGUCAGCCACUAUGCUCUCACCAAAUUGUACGAAAUCAUCACCACGCUCAAUGAUGGCGUGUCGGGUGUUACCAUCACCUCUGUCUUUUACGUUGGAAAGGAAGGAGUGUUGGUAGACCAGUGGAAGGCAUUGUUGCGUGUCUUGAACAAGGGAGGAAAAGGAGACAUUUUUGCGCAGAAAGUUGCCUCUCUCUCCUUGGCCAAGAUUUUGCUGGCCGCCUUUCCUUCUCAACGUCAAAAGACUAGCACGGUGGAUAAGGAUGGAAAUCCCGUCAGAGCCCGCCAAGUCUCCUUUGCGUCUGCCACAGAACCCGCAGAGGCUCUUGCUGCUUGGGUUGCCAGUCAAUUGAAGAACACGUCCGGUGCCAUGGUCGGUGUUUGCAUCCCUUCUCUCAAGGCGCUCAUGGAAGCUCAUGAAUCCAGAGUCAUCUUUUGCAAAUCCGGUGGAAUCAAGUACAUUUCUCGUCAGCUACGAGCUGGUUCCAAGACUACCAAAACACUUACUACAUCCAUUGACAACAAGAAAAAGACUCAGACUUCGGUUCAGCAACUGUACGAACUGGUCUUUUGCUUGUGGGUCCUUACGUAUGAGCUCAAUGCUUCCUACCAAAUCCGUGCUGAUUUUGCCAAAGACGGACUCCCCAUUUCAGCAUUGGUGGAUAUGGUAUCCAUUGCUCCUCGAGAAAAGGUGGUCCGUGUAGCCCUUUCGUCGCUCCGAAACAUGGCCACUUGUGACGCUGACAAUUCACCCCAACCAUCCGGGCAGCCUCGGAUCGAUGACAAGCACUUUUUGGGCGAAAUGAUUGCUUGUGGAUUGAUGAAGGCAGUAGAUCACUUGCGUGACCGACAAUUCACUGAUCCAGACAUUGUGGAGGACGUCAAAUGCCUCCACAAGCUCCUGAUUGAGAACUACAAAGAAAUGAGCCGAUGGGAAGUAUACAAGAAUGAAAUCGAGGCAGGACAUCUCCAGUGGGGAUCUGUACAUACCGAAGCGUUUUUCAAGGAGAAUGCGCGCAUGAUGGAAGGAAGUGAUGGUGAUUUCCGUCCACUCAAGGUCCUUAUUGCUCUUUUGUCCAGCACUGACGAGGAAAUCUCGGCCAUUGCAUGCUUUGACAUUGGUGAGUUUGUGCGUCAUUACCCCAACGGACGAGCAAUCGCCAAGCGUCUCGGUGCCAAGGAGCUUGUCAUGCCCUUGAUCGAACACGAGAAUCCCGAACUUCAACGUCACGCCUUGCAGUGCGUCUCAAAGAUCAUGGUGAAUAACUGGGAGUACGUGAAAUAGAAAGAGUGAAUGCGUACUCUAGCAGCAACGAGUCAAUGCUUGGAAACAAUAUGCGUUCAUUUCAAAGUUUGAUUAUUUCUAAUUCUGAGUAGUAGCCAACAACGAAUCAAUCAAUCCACAAUCGCCUUGUCGUUCUGUGAUGCAUUUUCUGGGAGAUGCGGACAAUCGUCCUCUCAUUCCAAUGCGCUGGCCUUAGUUUCGUGAAUUCUUCACAAAGAAGACGUAGGCAACAAAGAGGAGAACCAAGCUGAGAGUGCCAACAAACACACAACCGAUAAGAACAUAAACAGCUCGUUCAACCCGAUCCAGUUUCUCGGCCACGUCCUCAACAACAGCUCGUUCAACCCGAUCCAGUUUCUUGGUCGUGGUCUUUUGGUGAUCUCGGAGCAGAGAUCGCAACACCUUUGUAGAAGGCGGCAUAUUCUCCGAAUGGUCCUUGAGCAACAUCUGAGAAAAGUCGCUGGGAUGGCUACGAACGAGCGUGUAAAUACUGUCGAGUUUGCCCUCCGUUGCUUCAAACAGGGUCAUCCAGAGGGUAGAAUCAUCGACUUCACCCUCGUUCGUCUGCUUGAAGAGUUUUCCGCGUCCAAGUCUGUUCGUUUUGAGCAAGAAGUCAAUUUCAUCAUCAGUAACCCACCACGUGCAUCGCCCGUCAUACCGAUGCAGGCCGAUAGUCCUAAGGGUAUAGUUGCUCUGCACCAGCUGCCGUACGCUCAGCAAAGUGCGCUUAGCAAUGCUUUCGGGUACAGUCAGCCGUAGAGCCGAGCAAUUCUUUGCUGGCCCAAGUUGCUGCACUAGCUGUCCGAUCAGCAAUGCACCUUUCGCACCACCCUCUUUUAGGCUCUUGACCACGACAUGGAGUUUUUCGAUCUUGCGGUUUGUUGCUAUCAUUUCCUUCCACGCCUUGGUUCCGCGUUUGCCAAGAUCGCUGCAAGAGAUGCCGAGUAUGAUCAACUUCUGCUUGCCACGGAGCUGUGAAGCCAUGAUCGUCAAGUGGGCGUCGUUGAUUUCAAAGCUGUAGAGCCUCAAAUCUUGAAUGUUCGGAAUGCUACAGAUCUUUCGUAGCGACUCAUUACUCAAAUGUGCCAAUGCCUUACCACGAGGCCGUCGGCUGUCACAAAAUUGGAUCGUCUGUAACCCCUGGACGUGUCCCAAUGCAAACACCACAGGGUCCAGGAGGCUCAAAGCGCCGGUCUCCGUGUCCGAGAAGUCGUGGCGGGUUGUGAUGUCCACGCCUUCUCGAGCGCGACAUUCAAAGUCUACGUGCUUCAAAUGUUGAUGAUCUUUGAGGGAUAGUGCAAGUCCCUUGAAGCUCUCGGCUCUUCCGACGAGAACGACCUCCAUUUCAACGGUCAACGAUGACAAACUGCGGGCUUCAUUCAUUGCCGAAGUCAACGCUUCAACAGGAAGGCAACAUGACCACUCAUCGCUGGUAAACGAAAAGGCGCUUGGUUCGAUCUUGAGAGUUUCCAGAGAGGAAAUCGAGCCAAUGGCUCGCAUCAAUCGACACAAGUUGUUCAAAUCAUUUGGAUCAAGAGGUUUCGAGAAGAAACCCUGAUGAAGGCGGAUCUUGAUAGACGACUCGCUGUUGUAGUCUCCCCUCAGGAGCGCUCGGGCGGCGUCGUGCAAGCCCCAACUAGAUCGAAGAUCGAUACUCAUGUCGUCUUUGUCGCAAUGCAAUGCAAAACAAUCAGAUAGUGUGGUUGUGCGACAACGGCUGGUUGUGGCAAGAACGAUGAAGAAU